CACAGCAGCAGCCACACCUUGGCGCCGAACUUCAACUUCUAAACUAUCAGCGGUCGUCCAGACGCCCGUCAACCACAUCGCCCACCAUGCCGCCGCCCAGAUUACCGCAAGGCCUGCUAGCCUCCCUCAGCGCGCUGACCCUGCGCCCACGCCCAACCGCGCCCGCGCUCCGCCUCACACCCACCCUACGAACCUUCACCAGCACGCCCGCGCGCCCCAACUACCUAAUCCCCAAAUCCGGCGAAUCCUCCAAAUCGCGCAAAGGCCGCUGCCGCGUGCCCACCGGCGGCAGCACACGCGGCACCACCGUCGUCUGGGGCGACUACGGCCUACGCAUGCGCGACCACGACCGGCGCAUCAGCGCCGCGCAGCUCAAGAUCGCCGAGGACACGAUCCGCAAGCGGCUGCGCGGGAUGAAGUUCCGCAUGUACAUGCGGCUGGCGGCGAAUAUCGGCGUGUAUACCAGCGGCAACGACGUGCGCAUGGGGAAGGGGAAAGGGUCGUUUGAUCGCUGGACGGCGAGGGUCGCGGUGAGUAAGAUUGUGUUUGAGGUUAAGGGGGAUUUGCACGAGCAGGUUGUGCGGGAUGCGUUUCGGUUGGCGGGGGCGAAGUUGCCGGGGCUGUAUGAGUUUGUGAAGAAGGGGGAUGCGCCGGUGAUGGGGAUUACGAAGCUGGAGAACGGGGUGACGGCGGCGGAUUUGAAGAGGCCGCGCAGGCUGUUGCCGUUGGAGCAGACGGCGGCGCGGAUCCCGGCGGCGGCGAGUAAGCCUGCUGCGCCGUUGUGA